AAAUCCAUCGAUCGAUCGAUCAUCCCAUUUCACAGCAAGUACUCAAAAGUUUUGAACAAACAGUCAGUACAGGGAGUUCGAUCGAUUUCUCUGCAGAUCGAAAACAAAAAAUUAUAUAUCAUGUCUUCGUCUUUAGUUAAAAUGGCAAUUCUUUUUGCCAGUUUGUUAAUCAUGUUUCCAAGGUCAAAUGCUCAGCUGAGUACUACCUUUUACGAUUACACUUGUUCGAAUGUGUCAAGUGUUGUUCGUGGUGUGGUGGAGCGAGCUGCACAAAACGAUGUCAGAAUUGGUGCCAAACUCAUCCGCCUUCAUUUCCACGACUGCUUUGUUGAUGGUUGCGAUGGCUCCUUAUUGCUAGAUGACGCAGAUGGCAUAGAGAGCGAGAAAAGUGCAGGGCCUAAUGCUGGCUCAGUUGAUGGAUUUGAAGUCGUUGAUGAAAUCAAAACAGCCUUAGAGAAUGUUUGCCCUGGUGUAGUUUCCUGCGCAGACAUUUUAGCCAUUUCGUCUCAGAUAUUGGUUUCUUUGGCUGGAGGCCCCACAUGGCAAGUUCAAUUGGGAAGAAGAGAUAGCAGGACCGCGAACCAAGCAGGAGUUAUUGGUGCCCUUCCAAAUGCUCUUGAAACCCUUGAACAGAUUACUGAAAAGUUUAAUAAUGUCGGACUUGAUUCUACCGAUCUUGUUGCUUUAUCUGGCGCACACACAUUUGGAAGGGCACGAUGUGCGGCAUUCAGCCACCGCCUUUAUAACUUCAAUAGCAGCGGGAACCCGGACCCUAACCUGGACACAACAUACCUGGAAACGCUUCGGCAAACAUGUCCUCAAGGUGGGUCGAAUGACAAUACACUAAACAAUCUUGACCGCUCCUCUCCAGAUGACUUUGAUAACGACUACUUCACAAACCUUCAGAACAAACAAGGGCUUCUCCAGACCGAUCAAGAGCUGUUCUCAACAAGUGGGGCUAAUACGGUUGGCAUUGUCAAUCGUUUUGCUGAUAGUCAGAGUGACUUCUUUGACAGCUUUGCUCAGUCCAUGAUCAACAUGGGAAAUAUAAGGCCCCUUACCGGCAACAAUGGAGAGAUUAGGUUGGAUUGUAAAAGAGUCAACUAGUGAAAUAUACAUACGUAUGUAUACGUGUGUGUGAAACAAGCUAUGCUAAAAGAUAUAUUAAAUAAUAGCGCUACAGACACAAAGAGAUUCUAUUAAAAUAAACUUACAAAUUGUCA